GCGGAGGGCGUGGUCAGGUUGUGAAAUGUCAGGGAGGAAUGGCGCUCGGCGCGGUAUUUUGAACAAUCGCCUUUUCCUUUCCUCGUUUUAUCUGGAGCCGUUGCCCAGCGUAAAUACCUCGGAGAGCUGAGACUUUGCAAGCAUGGAUGUGGUAUCACCAGAGCUCAACAGCCUCCUUCCUGAUGAGAUCAUGGAUACUGAGGCCAUAGAGGACAUCCCUCACUCCCAACCUGACGGCGCCGCGGUUCAGCCAGAGCCCGGCGAUGACACAUCGGUCCCGAUGGAAACGGAUACACCCAUGGCUUCAGAAAAUCUGAGCCUCUGUUCGGAUGCUUCUUCCUCAACACAACACACUCAGGCUCUGACCACAUCCACUGCCACAGACUCAACAUUCAGCAUCAGCUCCGCAAGUCAGCUUCCCAUCUCAAUUUCCAGCACAUCGUCACCCCUUCUUACCCUCAAACCAUCCAUGGUUACUUCCACAGCCACCACCAAAACUACAGAUAGCGUUACUGGGACUACUGUGUCUACAAGUGGGUUGCAGAAGCUCACGGCUCCGUUUACCAUCUCUGCCGCAAACCACCAGAUCAUUCUCAACAAGGUGGCCUCAGCUCAAGCCACAGAAGCAGCAAAGUCUGCAGGUACUCAGCCCCAGGUCAUCAAGCAGGAGGGACAGAAACUUUUGGUUACAGCAAUAGGAAAGUCGGGGCAGCCUAUAGUGCUGCAGUUACCCCACACAGGCAGCAAGCCUGGCGUUUCACAGACUGCAGGAGACCCCAAAUCUCAAGCUCCACAGUUUAAAGUGGUGACUAUAGGUGGGAGGUCGGAGCUGAAGCAAGUGGUGGGCAGUGCUGGCAACCAGGUGACCACAUUACAGGCCCAGCAGCUGAAGGCCGUACAGAUUGCUAAGAAAACACCAACAUCCUCAGCUGCACCAAUCAAGUUCAUCAUCACAAAAACUGUUAACAGCAAAGGUCUAAGUCCUCAGACAUCCGUGUCUCCUGUUAUUGCAGGACGGGUCCUGACGCAGAAUUCCCCAGGGAUGCCCCCGAGGACCAUUACCAUCUCCGAGCCCCACAACACAAGUAUACAAAGUCUCCCCGGCAAAAAGAUCGCUAUAUCGCCUCUUAAGACUCCCAGCAAGGUGACUGUGGUGUCUGUGGCCUCGCCGACCUCCAAUGCCUCUCAGAAGUCAGUGGCGCUGCCCGUCAACGUAGCUCUUGGCCAGCAGAUCCUCACAGUCCAGCAGUCCACGUCUGCAUCUCCGGUCAAGGUGGCCGCCAGCCAAGCCACGACACAGCUCCGUCUCCUGCUCGAACAUUUUCAGAAUAUUAAACCAGUGCAGUCUGUGGCCGUGGGAGGAGUCGGCGGCUCCCAGUUCAAGACCAUCAUCCCACUGGCCACGCAGCCGAACGUGCAGCAGAUUCAGGUGCCAGGAAGCCGGUUCCACUACGUCCGCCUCGUCACAGCAACCACAGCUAGCAGCACGGGGCAGCCCAGCGGUCCCAGCACCAGCUCUAUACAGACAGCUAAACCGAUGGUGGUGAGUACAGGAGCCGUCAGGAUGUCUGUCCCAAUCGUCCAAGCACAGACCAUCAAGCAGGUGGCACCUAAGCCCUUGACGUCAGCAGCAGUAGUAACCACCACUCAGACCCAGCAACGGCUGAUAAUGCCUGCAACCCCUCUACCCCAGAUCCAGCCCAACUUCACCAACCUCCCUCCAGGCACCGUUCUGGCACCAGCUCCAGGAGGCGGGAACGUGGGCUAUGCAGUCGUGCCAGCACAAUAUGUCACACAGCUCCAGCAGUCACCGUUUGUGACCCUCGCCAGCAGCUCUAAUUUCCCCGCGUCCACUGGUAUCCAGACUCAGGCCAGAUUGCCACUCAAUGGCUUGUCAACAGCAGAAGCAACGUCAAGACCAAGGAAACCAUGCAACUGCACCAAGUCGCAGUGUCUCAAACUAUACUGUGACUGCUUUGCAAACGGAGAGUUCUGCAAUAAUUGUAACUGCAAUAACUGCUUCAAUAACCUGGAACAUGAAACAGAACGUCUCAAAGCUAUAAAGACGUGUCUCGACCGGAACCCGGAGGCCUUCAAACCUAAAAUUGGCAAAGGCAAAGAGGGAGAGUCGGACCGCAGACACAGCAAAGGCUGCAACUGCAAACGGUCGGGCUGCCUGAAGAACUACUGCGAGUGCUACGAGGCGAAGAUCAUGUGCUCGUCCAUUUGUAAGUGCGUCGGAUGCAAAAACUUUGAGGAGAGCCCAGAGAGGAAGACCCUGAUGCACCUGGCGGAUGCAGCAGAAGUGAGAGUACAGCAGCAGACUGCAGCGAAGACCAAGCUCUCCUCACAGAUCUCAGACCUGCUAAUGCGGACGACGCCUGUUAUUUCGAGUGGAGGCGGGAGGCUGCCAUAUACGUUUGUAACAAAGGAGGUGCUUGAAGCGACGUGCGAGUGUCUGCUGGAACAGGCCAAAAAGGCAGAACAGACUCAUCAGCCUCAGGCCGAAACGGAGCGAUUGAUCCUGGAGGAGUUCGGACACUGCCUCAUGAGGAUAAUCAGCUCCGCGGGGAAAGCCAAAGCAGACUGUGCCUCCAUCAACUGCUAGGCCAGGAACUGUGGCUCUUUCCCCGCCCUCUUACCCCGCCCCCAGCUGUAGGAGGGGGGCCCCCUCCCCCCGAGAGGCACGGAUGACUCUGCGCUCUUUCUCGGACCCCUGUAGGGGGGUUUUCUCUCCUGCAGGGAAACAGGUUGUCUCUAACAUCAAGAGGCAGAACAAUGGCCUGAAAGUAGAUUCCCCUGCCCUGGGCAAGCGAAGGCCAGCUGGAAUAAUAAACAUGGAACGGGCUCUAACUGAAGGACAAACAGACAGACCUUCGAAGCCGUUCUCUCACUUCUUGUUCUCCUGGCUGCGACGGACAGAAACGGCCGAGCGAGGUAGUGCUGAACAGGAACUGAAUCGUUUCUUCACUUUAUUUUCCCUACGAGGCCCUAGCCGAUCUGUUUCUCCAACCUUUUGUUCUUCCAUUUUAUUCUUCUCUUAUUCUUUCCCUUUUUUUGAGGUUUUCGAUAAAAAAAAGAAAUGCCUGUAAUUUUUAUGUAAUCAUUUGUGCUUACAGUAGACAAACAGAACAUGUAUCUUUUGAUAUUUAUUUUGACAAGUAUUUGUAAUCAAUGUGAGCGCUAAUAUUGUGUGGCUUUAUAGUGCUGCAAACUGUUAAUUAUUAACCAAGGCUAGGCUAAAUUGUUUCUAUGAAAAUGAGUAGAGGCAAUCUUAGGUUUUUAUCCUAAAGGUAAGUUGAAUGCACACACGUAAUGCAUUAUGCACACAUGCACAGAUACACAGCACCGCUCAGACUAGUUGGAACGUGACUGGCGGGAGGGUACACAGUUCUUCUGGUGCUGUUUUCUGUUUUAUUAGUCACAUGCUUACUGUACAUUAAAAACACCGUGAAUGGAAAAAUAAUUGAGACUUGUUAAAUGACUGGAGGAAAGCAGGAACACAUAAAACAAAGAUGACAGUUUCCUGAUCUGUCUGAGGCUGGAUUAAUGUCGCAGGGGCACAAAUGAAGAGCAAUUAAAGGAGCAAACAUCCAUUUUGACAUUUUAAUAGAAGGUAAAGCACAGAAGUAAUUAAUAAUAUAAUUUACGUAUGCUUGUUCCAGUGUUCUGUUGUUGCGUUUGCUGGCUAAUUAGCACAACUUAAAGCAGCAACAUGAACUUUGUGUUUUGUGUUGAUUCUGGCGGCCCCUGUGGACAAAAGCAGUAGUGUUUCUACCGUCUCAUUUCAUUCAUUUCGAGGUGAAUCUGUUCAAUGGCAGGCAUUAAGAAUAACUAUAAAGAAACAGCCCAUCUUCUCACUGAUGGUCUUGUUUCAUGUCGGUCAUAUAGAGGCAUCAGGAUUAAAUCACGACUGUUUCAUAACCAUUUUAAACUCCGUACAUAUCAUCAGAGCUGCUUGUGGGACGGUCGAAUAGCUUCAGGAAUCCUCGAGGUUUGAACUCAUUACGCAAUAACUUCUGUCCCUUUUUCAUGUGAGUGCAACACUAUUAAUGUCUUCCAGGAGAGACUGAAAUCGUGUGCCCUUAUUUAAACAUCACGGCCAGCUUCCUGCCUUCCAGUGGGGCCGUUUGGAACGACUGUAAACACUUUUGAUUUCCGGGUAAAAACGCGUUCUGCGAACUAGUUAUCUUUCUAGUCCAACGCAUCCUUACCAGGAAACAGAAAGGCCCCAAAAACCUAUUUUCUCUGUUGGUUACUUACUGGGAGUAACUACAUGAAUUCUACAUUAGUUUUGGUUAUUUCUCAUAAGAGAUUUCUGUGUUUGUUUGCUGUCAGUGCUCUUGUGCAGGGUGCAGUUGGAAAAGGGUGAAAGGAUCACAUCUCUCUGUGCAUCAAUCAGAGUUUAGGAACAUUGGAGUGAAAAGGAGAUUUUUCAUUCACUGUCCUGAUGAAGCAGAUUAGCUACUUUUGGACAGUUAAACUCUUAAUAAACAGUAAAAAAAUAUAUUUUAUUCCAAACUGAGUGAUUGUUGCACAUUUAGUGAAUGAAUAUUUAAGGUGGAUAAUUAAAUCCAGGGGCUUUAUUUCUUCAGUAUUUCUCUCCAACAUAGAGCUAGAGUUAUAGCUUCUCAGGUGUGAUGAUGUGGUGCUUUUGUGUGUUUUUGUUGUCUGUAAAUGGAAUAUUUUGGGUUUUGGAUGAAUAAAAGAAGCAAUUUGAUUACAUCAUA